AGCUACGCUACUUUGUUUACAUCAAGAAAUUUUCAUUUGGCGAUUUUCAUAAUGACUGAUUUUGUUGAGCAAAGAUAUUGUAUUAAAUUUUGUUUGCGGAAUGAAAUUUCUGGUGCGGAAACGUUCAGAAUGUUGCAGAAGGCCUUCGGUAAACAGGCCAUGUCGCAAAAAAAUACUUUCAAAUGGCAUAAAUUGUUCAAAGAAGGCAGAGAACGCGUUGAAGACGAAGAUCGCUCGGGACGACCAUCAACAUCAACUGAUGAGGAACACGUCAAGGAAAUCAAAGAUCUUGUGCUGAAAAAUCGUCGAUUGACAAUCAGAGACCUUGUAGAUAUUACUGGCAUUUCAUUUGGAUCAAUUCAAACAAUUUUGAAAGAUCAUUUAGGUCUCCGUCGUUGUGCAGCUCGAUUGGUACCAAAAACAUUGAAUUUAUUCGAAAAAGAGCGUCGUGUUAAUGUGUGUCAAGAAAUGAUUUCAGACUCAUAUCGUUCAUCAACCUGCAUAUUCGCCCGAUUUGGCACCGUGUGACUUCUGGCUGUUCUCUACACUCAAAAGACCGCUUCGUGGACAUCGUUUCGAGUCGAUUGAAGAGAUUCAACGUAAAUCGCUACAUGAAUUGAAGGCCAUACCAGAAAGUAGCUUUUCACAUUGUUUCGAAGACUGGGAAAAACGUUGGCGUAUGUGUAUUGCAGCCGGGGGGGAUUACUUUGAA